AUGAUUAGCGCGAGCACUGGCCAACCGUCCUUUUUGCGACGAUGGAAGUUGGGGUUGGAUAUGGGAAUCGUCAGAGAAUGUUUGAAUGAUGUCGAGCGAAAGCGAUGGGAUGAGGGUUGUAAACAAAGAUGGUUGGCGUUACUCGACGUGGCUGGCUGGUGUUACGCUCUCUCUUCCGUCGUCGAUGUCGGGCACUGGCCGGGCCCCUCCCCGCGGGCCUCGUGCUUUGCUGGCCGAGUCAGCGCGCGGUUCACUGCCAACAGGGCCCCGCAGUCUGUCCUUAUACCAACCUCCGAAUGGCCAUACACAACAUAUCCCGCGCCCACCCGUCGAGCCCCCACCACCAGCCCCGCCAACCGAGUCGAUAGCUGGGCCCUCAUCACGCCCAGCUGUGAUUCGCGUCGAAAAACAAACCCCAAGAACCCUCACAACCAACUCCAAAACCCCCACAACCAACCGAGCCGCCCCCACCACCCCCGCCUCCCUCAGAAAUUCCUCCCCCCGCCUCCUCCCCCCACGGAAAAACCACCACCACCGCCCCCGCCAGAUGACGCGCCCCCACCACUUCCCCCAGAGCCAGUGCAUAAGCCAUUUCAGAUGACGUUAAAGCGAGCGGAAGUGAAAACGAAUCCCUUAUUUCACCCUUUGCCAUCGCGGCCGACAGCGAUCAAACCACCUGAAUCCGUUCCACCACCGCCAAGCUCAAAACCUCCUUCACCUCCUCCCUUACCACCUCGAGUCUCUCCUCCCUUACCCCGCUCACCACCACCACUACUACCGUCACCUCCCAAAUCCGACCCGAGACCAGUUGUCCCGCUUCCUCCCACGCCGUCGAGGACCAAGCUCACACUUCCUUCAUCAAAUAACGACCAGCCCGUAGCUUCAUCUUCCAAAACCUUACUCCCAGACCCUCCCAAAUCACCACCAAAGCCUGAAGUACCGCUAUUACCUCCAUUGCCUGAAUGGCCGCCGCCUCGCAGCGAAUUUCCGGCUUUGCGAUCAUUCCGCGUCCUGUUCGACCCUGUUAUUGAUGGUUUACAAUCUAUCCCUUCCUCGUCACGACAUGGCAAGGAGAAAGACGCGAAAGAGUCUCCGGAGUACUGGCGUCGGAUGAUCGAGCAUGUCCGUUCACGAUGUACCCCCGAAGUGAUUGCAGAGCGGAUAAAGGGAAAGGGGAAAGGAAAAGAGAUUCUUUAUCGGUUUGAAGGCGAGGUUAUUGGUGAUGAAGAGGAGGAGCCCCCAGUGCGAGAUCCUCGUCGGCUAGCUACCGCCAAGCCCCCUCGUCCACCGAGAGAUGUAUUCGGGAUCAUGUCUUAUGAGUACGAUUCCAACACACCGACUACACCUCCUACGACGGUCCUUCUCACCGGUUUCCCCCCACUAACACCAAACAAGACACUCCAAUCUCAUCUAACACAAUAUGGCACUAUCGACCAUUUCAGCCGUCAGAUGGACUCCGUGACGGGUGCAACGUUGGGUGUGGUUUGUGUCCGGUUCAGGAAGGUCGAGGAAGCGAAGAAGUGUGUCGAGAAAGAGGACGGCGUUCCGAGUGGUAGUGGGCUAAACGUCAAUGGAUUGGGGGCAAGUCUUGUUGGUGAAGAGCGCAGAGCGGUGUUGGACCCUGAAGGGUUGAUUCUGAAGGCGUAUUUGAAGGAGAUGGAGGAAAGGAGGAAAAAGGAACGGAAAGAGAAGGAGAAAGUCACUGAGAAGCCGCCACAGACGCCGUCAACAGCAACGAUACAGCCACCGUCAACGCUACCAACGUCAGCCGCGUCUGCACAGCUACCACCUAUACCUCCACCCCCAGUUGUUAAUGGACUCCCAACUGCCCCCAAACCACUGCAUCCUUCAUUACCUCUGAACCCGAUGUUGAACAAGAGUCAGCAUGUCAACGGCUCCGCUCGGAGUGGGCCAUGGUCCACGGCACGGCUUCCACAACGACCAAUGAAUUCGUGGAGACAAACAAACCGAAGUCCAUCGCCACAGUUGGACGAGAAGGCCCGUGCUAUGUUACAAUCAUCUUCACAUUAUGGUCGUGACAGGGAUCGCGACCGAGAUCGGGGGCGUGAUUCGUGGCGGAGGGAUAGAGACGAGAGGGAAAGACAGCGGGAUUCUGAGCGGCAACGGCAGAGGGAACGAGAGAGGGAGGAAAGGGAGCGGAAUCGGGAGCGAGAGAAAGAAAAGGAACGAGAAAAAGAAAGGGAAAGAGAGAAGGUGAAGGCUGAUGUCCGAGCGGCGUUGAGCGAGAAUGGUCAGGAGCAUUUGCAGAUAAAACUGCAGACUUCAACGGAUGCGGUGCUUGAUGAUGAUGUUGCGGAGUGGGUGAAGCAGUUCAAGGACGAGGUCGACAAGAUUCAUCGCGAUCACGAGUUCAUAUACAUCACGUUCAAAUUAGCCAAGACUGCGCGACGCGUCGAGCGUGUGCUGACCGGACAGUCUAUUGGUUUCCAGACUGCGGUACUCAGUGUCCAUGCGGCUCCUGCUCCUGAAGAGGAGUGGAAGGAGACCGACUUGCUGAGUAAAGCCCAGGAAAUGGUGUUGAAAGAACUGAGCAAGGUCGUGCUCAAAGACAUCGAUGACCGCAUUGUGGGACCGGAAGUGCGCAACGUGAUGAACCAGUGGAAAGCGGACAAGGCUGCUGGAAUUGCCACCAGUGUGGUCGACAAGGAUGUGCCUGCGACACCGAAAGUGAUGGACCUCAAAUCACUGUCGUUCAAGAAGGCGCGUAUUGUCGUUGUUGCUCAGCCCCAACCUGAGCCAGAACCGGAGCCAGAACCAGAACGGCCAAAGAAGAAGCGGAAGAAGGAAGUAGUCCUCAAGAAGCCAAAAAAGGUGGUGGUGGUUGUCGAAUCAGAGGAUGAAGAGAAUCUUGUUGAGUCAGAGGACGAAACGGUCGAUGUACCUCUGAAACGGCCACUUGCCGACGAGGUGAUUUCAGAGGAACCUCUGAAGAAACGCAUCAAACUUGAUGUUGACAAGUCCAAGAAAAAGAAGGAGAAGGACAAACGGAGAGUGUCUGUGGACGAUGUUGUCGUGCCUGAGGACAUUGAGACAUUCGAGCCUCCCGUUGUUGCCGACCUCCGACUUUCUGUCGAGCGAGAAAUCUCUUCCAUUGCGACCUCUCCAUCUCCAAUCGAAGAACCACCCGAUGCGUUUGAUGCUGGCUUAUGUGAGGACGACGAGGACCUGUAUUUCGCCAAACUUGUUCUUUCUGGCGCGGAGCCCACCGAAUCAGCCUUCGACGAACUGCCUGUUCCCGACACAAAUAUUCGCAGGCAUAUGACUGGAUCGGCGCGGUCGGAAGGGUUCUACAAGAUCUCUCAUGCCGAAAAGGUCGCCUAUGUCCCACAAUACCAGACACGUGCUGCAGAAUCAGAGGCAUCCAAAGUCGUUGUAAACGAACCGCCACCGCAACAUGUCGAGUCGUCUCGGUCGAAUCGUGCGAAUGCCAGGAGACGGGCCCAGGGCUUGGAAGAGAUCAAUCAGGUCCAGAGGGCGGUUGCGCUGUCCAAGGGCGAGGCGGCCGCGUCAAACGAGGUGACGUUGACGUUCAAGUUCAAUCAGCUGCAAACUCGCAAGAAACAUCUGAGGUUUGCUCGCUCGCCAAUUCACGACUGGGGACUGUAUGCCAUGGAAAAGAUUUCACGAGGGGAGAUGGUGAUCGAAUACGUCGGCGAGAUUAUACGGGCGCAAGUGGCGGAGAAGCGGGAGAAGGCGUAUGAGCGGCAGGGUAUCGGAAGCAGCUAUCUGUUCAGGAUUGACGAGGACUUGGUGGUGGAUGCAACCAAGAAGGGCAACCUCGGACGACUGAUCAAUCACUCCUGCGACCCCAAUUGUACCGCAAAAAUCAUCACGAUCAACGGGGAGAAGAAGAUUGUAAUUUACGCCAAGCAGGAUAUUGAGCUUGGGGACGAGAUCACCUACGAUUACCACUUUCCGUUCGAGCAAGACAAGAUCCCGUGUCUGUGCGGAUCGGCAAAGUGUCGCGGCUUUCUCAACUAG